AUGGUCAAACAGUUUGCAAUAUUUUGUCCCAGGGCGGAAGAUGGUUCUGGAAGGGCGAACAACUCGGUGUUCGCCGGCGCGGCGUGCGAGGGAGGGGACUGGAAGAAGCGCGACGACGGGCGAAGGCCCGGGGGGUACAACCUGACCGAGCUCGAGGUCUUCGGCGAGACGAGUGGCAAGAACACCUCUGGCAUCGAUUUCGACAGCUACGACAACAUCCCCGUGCAGAUCACGGGUAACGACGUCCAGGACAUCAAGCCCAUCAACAGAUUCUCGGAGGCAAAGCUGACGGACUCCUUGGCCGACAACCUGCGCCGCUGCGGCUACGAGCGGCCCACCCCGGUGCAGAAGAACUCGAUCCCGAUCGUUAUUUCGGGCCGGGACCUGAUGGCCUGCGCGCAGACUGGAAGCGGCAAGACGUGCGCGUUCAUGGUGCCCUGCCUCGAGUCGCUGCUGCGCAGUGGCCCCCCAGCGAACCCAGGCUCGCGGUCGCGCCCGAAGCCGAUGCCGUGCGGCCUCGUGCUGGCCCCCACGCGCGAGCUGGCGGCGCAGAUCCACGUGGAGAGCACGAAGUUCUCCUUCGACACGGGGAUCCGUGCGUGCAUCAUCUACGGAGGUGCGGACAUGAGGGAACAGCGGUCGGAACUCGAGAAGGGCUGCGACAUCCUCAUCGCCACCCCAGGCUUGUCUCGGAGUCCUGCUGCUGCCGCUCCGUCCGACGCGGCUCGGGUGGCGGCUAUGCAGCAGGAGGCACUGAGUGCGGAGGCUCAGAUCUGA